GGAGGGGGGGACAAGAUGGCGGCGCGCGGCGAGGACCGGGAGGGCCCCGAGGCCGCGGAGGGCCCCGAGGCGCCUUCGCCGCCCCCGCCGGGUCCUGGCGGUGGCGUCAACGUGUUCGCCAACGACGGCAGCUUCCUGGAGCUCUUCAAGCGCAAGAUGGAGGCGGAGGAGCAGCAGCAGCGCGAACGCGAGGCGGCGGCGGCGGCGGCCGGUGAUGGCGGCGGCACCACCGGGAGCGGCGGGCCCGGCGCGCAGCGAGGGGGGGACGGGGCGAAGAGGAGCGGCGGAGCGCUCGGCUUUGUGGGGCGGCGGAGGGGGGGCAACAAACUGGCCCUGAAAACAGGAGUGGUGGCCAAGAAACAGAAGACUGACGAGGAGGUGCUGACGAGUAAAGGCGACGCCUGGGCCAAGUACCUGGCGGAGGUGCAGAAGUACAAAGCCCACCAGUGCAGCGACGACGACAAGACACGGCCCCUGGUCAAAUAGCGCCGGCCCCCCCCCAAAAUCACCCCGGGGUGGGGGGGGCCUGGCACUCCC